AUGCUGGACGCCAACCCGCGCAGCUUCAGCUCGAGGUCGGUCGGCGCCCCCCCGCUCGGCGUGGACGCGGGCGGCGCUCAGGCCCUGGGCACGGCCCAGUUCGGCUCCGACGCCCCAGAGGACCACCUGGCCGCUGACAGGCCCAUGCCGAGCACCGCGCCGGGCGCGCUCACGGUGCCUGCACCCAGCGGAGGGGGCUGGGGGCCCGCCACCGGCUUCCUCGGCUCCAUGCACGACUUCGCCGAGGAGCCGCAGCAGCACUUCCAAACCUCCAAGCUCCUCGUCGACGAGCGGCGCAGGAUACCGGCAAAGCACGAGGACGUGGGCGCGGCCGCGGCACGCCCCCCGACGCCGCCGCGGCCGGCGCAGGCGGCGGGCAGGCCCAUCGCCGCGGCGGCCACCCUGGCGCCGCUGGCCGCCAUCUCCUCGGUGUUCGCCUCCGCGCUAGGCUCCGGCGCCCUGGGCACCGGGGAGCUGGCACAACGGCCGAGCACGCAGUCGGUCAUCUUGCCGCAGCCCGCCGGGAGCAUGGCUGGCGCCGGGCCCACGGUGUUGGUGCAGUCCGAUGGGGAUGUGACCCAGUCGGUCCCGGUGACACACUGGGCGACGAACACGGGGCCGAAGCCCAUGGAGCACCCCAUGAUGCUGCAGCAGGGCGCGGCGGUGGUCCUCCCGCCCGACGCCAGGGUGUCCAGCGCGCCCCCGGGCAGUUUCCCUGCUGCCAGCAGCGAGAGGUGGCCAAGGCCCCCUACGACCGCUGGCAUGGCGGCCCCCGCCUUGUGGCCCUCGCUGCCCGAGCGCGGGCGCGCGGCAGAGGGCAGCCAAGCCGCGACGCCGACGAACGGCGGCGCCGUGUCGCCAUCGGCCGCCUCGGCGACCCCCACGACCGUCACGCCGACGCGCGGCGGGGCCUGCACCCCAGGGGGCAACAUGAGGAGCCACAGCCCCGUCCACAUGGAGGCCAGCCAGGACAUCUCCGAGGCCAAGCCGCAGGAGAGGUGGCAGGCGGCCGUGGACGCCGUGGCCAGGGCGGUGGAGGCGCCGCGGAGCCCCUUCGAAGCGUCGCAGCUGCAGCCCUCGCCGCAGCUGCCGCACUGGAUGGAGUCGCCCUGUCUGCCGGCUGGGGCUGGCGCCGGGGACGCCGAGCGGAGGAGCAGGGCCGCGGUCACCGCCGUCGACUCGCAAGGCAUGUGGUUCAGCGUGGGCCACCCAGAAGCCCGCCCCGCCGCGGCCCGCGUGGAGCCCACGUGGCAGCGGGGACGCUGGUGGCUGGUGGCGCCGGUCGAUCUGAAGGCGCUGGAGGAUCCACGCAGCCACCCCGGGCUCUGGGAGCACGCGCAGGCCGUCGACUCCGUGCUCGAGGAGCUGGGCGACGCCGACGCGCUGCCCGAGCUGCCGGCGCCCGAGCACUGGAAAGCCGGCGACUCUUGCCCUCUGAGCUGA